AUCGGUACACCAUCGGCGUCUAUAGCGGCUCGCCUCGCCCUGUCCGAACUGACCCCACUCACUGACGCUUGGCGGAAAAGCUUCAUCACAGUCUAUUCUCUUGCUUUCGGCGAGAGAUCUUGACGGUGGCUCUUGAUUCUUUGCUUGAAUUGCGGAUUUGCCACCGGUCAAUUUCAUCCCAUUUCCGGUGCAGAUCCAAAUCUGGCCCUGACUUAGCAAGAUCUUGCGUUUCUUCUGCUGCUCCAAUAAUCAGGAGAACAAGGAAUAUAUGGAUACCAACAACUGGCUCAAGGAUCUGACAUAUGAGGAAUGGGUAGCAGUCCCCAUAUCUGGUGCCCGUCCAUCUGCACGCUACAAGCAAGCUGCAGCAGUGGUUGAUGAAAAGCUAUACAUUUCUGGUGGAAGUCGCAAUGGUCGGAAUUUAUCCGAUGUUCAGGUUUUUGACCUCAGAAAUUUGGUAUGGUCCAAUCUGAAACUAAAUCUAAUUGCUGAUAAAGAUAAUGAGAGUAACUUACGGGAGGUUCUUCCAGCUACAUCUGGUCACAAUAUGAUUAGGUGGGGGAAGAAACUUCUUCUUCUUGGUGGCAAUUUAAGGGAUUCUUCUGGCAAACUAAUGGUUCAUUACAUUGAUCUUGAAACAUCCCUGUAUGGAGUUAUUGAGACUUCAGGAAAUGUUCCAUUAGCUCGAGUGGGGCAGUCAGCAACAGUGGUUGGUUCGAGAGUGAUUUUGUUUGGUGGUGAAGACAUGAGCAGGAAGUUGUUGAAUGAUGUCCAUGUUCUUGAUCUGGAGAGCAUGACUUGGGAUGUUAUAAACACAGCGCAGACACCUCCAGCUCCUAGAUAUGAUCAUGCAGCUGCUAUUCAUGGAGAUCGAUAUCUUCUAGUUUUUGGUGGUUGUUCUCAUUCUGUCUUCUUCAAUGAUCUUCACAUAUUAGACUUGGAAACAAUGGAGUGGUCCCUGCCUCAAAUUCAAGGUGAUUUAGCAUCUCCAAGGGCUGGCCAUGCUGGUGUCACCAUUAAUGAUCGUUGGUUCAUAGUUGGUGGUGGUGAUAAUAAAAGUGGUUGCUUGGAGACUCUGGAGUUAAACAUGUCUAAGCUAGUGUGGUCAGUCUUGACUGCUGUGAAGCCUAGAAAUCCGCUAGCUAGUGAGGGUCUUACUGUCUGCUCAGCAAUGAUUGAUGGAGAGAUGUAUUUGGUAGCUUUUGGUGGCUAUAAUGGAAAGUAUAGCAAUGAGGUAUUCAUCAUGAGACCCAAGCCAAAGGAUUCCUCGUUUCCCAAGAUUUUCCAAUCACCAGCUGCUGCUGCUGCUGCAGCUUCUGUUACUGCCGCUUAUGCAUUGACUAAGGCUGAGAACUUGGAUUUCAAGCAACUGGAUGAUAUAAAUGUUAAGCCAAGUGAAAAUGAUCAUCCCAUAGAAGAUGUCACAGUUAAAAUUGAGUCCUUUGAAAAAGAAAAACAGGUGUUGGAAUUGUCACUUGCAGAAGCCAGGGCUGAAAAUUCUAAGCUCAGAGGCGAGAUUGAUGAAGUUAAUAAUACUCAUGCCGAGUUGUCCAAGGAACUCCAGUCAGUCCAGGGACAACUUGUGGCUGAGAGAUCAAGAUGUUUUACACUUGAGGCAAAAAUUGCUGAGCUACAAAAGGUGCUGGCAUCAACACAGUCUGUGGAAGAUGAGGUCCAGGCUCUUCGUAGACAGAAGUCUGCUCUGGACCGAGAGAUGGAGCUUGCUUCUGCUAGGCGGCAAAGUUCUGGGGGCGUUUGGCAAUGGCUUGGUGGCGGUGAGAAAUAAAAACACUACUGAGUAUUUUUUUUCAAAUAACUGGAAUGAUGAAGCCUAGCUCGAGGAACCCCUCAAGUUUCUUAGAGAAACAGAUUACAUGCGGAUCAUAGUAUUUUUUUAAUACUUAGAGAUAUCUCUGGUGUUACCCUUUUAGUAUUGAAAUGUAUGGGUAAACUUUAUGAGUACUCCAAUUUUGAAGGACUGAAACUUUCAGGAGUUGUAAGACAUAGCAGCAUUUGUAUUUCAUUCUCUGGACAUGAUAUUCUUUCGAGUUUGGGAAAAUCACUGUGGUUUUAAAGAAGGAUUGU